GGUUGAAAUAAGACCUCGCUUACUCAAGUCUUGGUUGCCUGUUGGACUAUACCAUAUAAAGGCACAAACUGUCGGGGUGCUUGAACCAGGAUAGCCCGAGUGGGCUAUCCUGGACCAGGCUGAGAAAGUCCCUUUGAACCUGAACAGGGUAAUGCCUGCGCAGGGAGUGUGCAUGUUUUUUUUUUCUUUUCUGUAGCUUUCUAAAGGUGAAGAAGCUUCUACUGUUGCCGCUCCCCUGAUUCUCAGUCCACGGUUUCCAACAGUUGAUUCUCACGAGCUAUGAGAUUCAGUCAAAUUGACAUACAGCUAUUAAAAAGUCUAACUGAUGCACUACGUCACUAACACUGAAGAAUGAUUCAACCAAAACUUCAUUCAGAUUGGCUCGAAGUCAUCCCGACCCCUUUGCUUCGUUUCUCUCGAUUGAUGACCUAAACCCUAAAUUGUCUUCACCGGAAGGUUCCCAAAGAUGGCGGAAUCCGAAUCUCAGAUCUAUCACGAACGACAACGAUUACAAUUUUGCCUAUUGCACUCCCUCAACAAUCUAUUUCAGGACAAAGACGCGUUCACGCGAGAAACCUUGAACUCAAUUGCAGAGAAGCUCGUGGAGGAUGAUCCAAACAAAGAAACAUGGACGACACCUCUCUCUUUACUCCUCAAGCCUCAUCACAACACACUCACUGGUAACUACGACGUGAACGUUAUGAUCACAGCUCUUGAAGGCAAAGGCAAGAGUGUUGUUUGGCAUGAUAAGCGUAGUGGAGCUUCUUCGAUUGAUCUUGAUGAUGCGGGUACUUUAAUGGGUAUUGUAUUGAAUGUUCCGGUUAAGCGGUACGGUGGACUUUGGAGAAGUAGGCAUUGGGUUGUGGUUAGAAGAAUCAAUGGUGUUUGGUAUAAUUUAGAUAGUGAUCUCGUUGUGCCACAGAUGUUUAAAGAUGGAGAUGAAGUUAGAGUGUUCUUGGAUCAAAAUCUGAGUUUAGGUGCAGAGGUUUUGCUAGUGAACAACAAUGCUUAAAAGAUCAACAAACGUGAGUUUCAAUUUUUCUUACGUUUCUCUCUGUAUGUAAAUUAAUACCCAUCAAGUGUGAAGUUGUAUCUAGUGCUUAGCUUAAACUCCAACAGUGUUGAUCACGAUUUUUAGAGAAAAGUUCAGUGAGUUUGCUCCACUUAUGGGUUUUGGGAA